AUGGACUUAUUAAUGGAACUCCGUAUAAAAUUCAAUGUGAAAAUCAUUAUGGAUUUUGAGCUUCUACCUCAAACGUUCCUCACUAUGACCAAAAACACUGUCAUUCUCUCAAUACCUCCUAGUAUGGCAGGAAAGAACAAGGACAAAGAUGGAAAUAAAUCAAAUAAGAUGCCAAAAUUACCAAAUCCAUACUUUAUGUUCUGCAAAGAAAGGAGACAGAUACUCCAAGCCGAAAACUCUCAAAUAUCCAGCCGCGAAAUUACCAAGAAACUUGCUGAAGAAUGGAAGAAUUUACCUGAAAUCGAGAAAUCCCGCUAUAAUGAGAGAUAUAGAGAAGAAUUGGCUAAGUUUUAUAAAGAAAAAGAGAAAUUAGAGCAUCCUCAGCCAAUGCAGAAUACUCUCUUUCUCAAAUUAUUAUCUGUUGAUGGAAGGAUAAUCAAUAUCCCAGCGCAACUGUCUGCUGGUCCCUUUAUGCAAUUCUAG